AUGGAACUACAGAAUGGAAAGAUUCAUCACCAAGCAGCGACUAACAUUAGACGGGCAUCCAAGACACCCAGGGGUGAUAUCAGCCUAACGAAGGAAGACGUGGUAAUUAAUGACGAGGCCAAAGGAGAUCCCGACCUGCGUGCGGACAGGGGGCAGUCCAUUACUGGUGAUCAUGUAGCUAGUAGUGGACUGCCCUCUUGUUCGUCUUCGGGUAUUUCUGGAGCCUCAUCUUCCGGUAACGAGCAACCACGCCUCCCACCUAAUAAGCGUAGGCGUCGCCGCCGUCGUUCCAACAACAAGGGCACGGUGCAGGGCCAGUCGUCAACACAGAAGCUAACCGAACUCAUGGCACAACAACAAUCGCUCUUGGAGAAGUGUUGGCCAAAAAAAAAACCACAUGGGCAGGAAGCGCUCAAGAACAGGCAGGACCAGAUGAGUACGACCUAUCGCCAACAACAACAGCGACAAUCAUUCGAGAGGGCAGCAACCAGUGAGCAUGUACAGACGUCUAAGCGAGCGGAGACGACGUCGCUCACACCUCCACCCACACCGGCGAGUAUUGAGAAAGUCGACAGGUACUACACGCACGUAUGCUACACUUGA